CGGCCUGUUGGCAGGACUUAGUGGGUGUCGACUUCUAAAUAAGCCCACGGCAGGGUCUCUCUGUGGUCGAGCCUCGCUGUUCGGAUUUGCUUCCUGGUGUCUGGGUCGCGAAACCUUGAGGAGAUUUUUCAAGCGGCUUGAGGGGUCCGGGGCGCCCAGAUAUCCCGAGGUCUCCGCGCCCGGCGCCAUGUCCUGGGCGUUCAAGAGGGAUCCUGUUUGGAAGUAUUUGCAGUCUGUCCAAUAUGGAACCCAUGGAAAAUUUCCAAGACUUUCAUACCCAACUUUCCUUCCACAUUUUGAAUCCCAAGACAUUACCCCUCCAGAUGACUUCCUAAAUAGUGAUGAAGAGCUAGAUUGCGUUUUAUUUGGAACUUUGAGAGGUCAAGUUGUUGGACUGCGCUAUUACACAGGAGUAGUAAAUAAUAAUGAAAUGGUUUCUUUACAACGAGAGCCUAAUAAUCCCUAUGAUAAGAAUGCGAUUAAAGUAAACAAUGUGAAUGGAAAUCAGGUUGGUCAUUUAAAGCGAAAUCUUGCAGCUGCCUUGGCCUCUCUCAUGGACAACAAAUUGGUACAAGUGGAAGGAGUAGUUCCUUUUGGUGCAAAUAAUGCUUUUACCAUGCCUCUUCAUAUGACUUUUUGGGGAAAAGAAGAAAAUAGAGAAAUGGUUUUAGAUCAGUUGAAGAAACAUGGAUUUAAACUGGGUUCCACAUUGAAAGAUUUAGGAUUGAGUUUGGAGAAUAGUUUGGUCUCUGGAAAAGCUGGACCAAGAUAUAAUAUGCCAGCUCAUGCUGCAGUACAGAUGACAGCUGAACAGCUCAAAAUGGAAUUUGACAAAUUAUUUGAAGAUUUAAAAGAAGAUGCCAAAACUAAUGAGAUGGAACCAGCUGAGGCUAUUGGAACCCCAUUGCUUCCACACCAAAAACAAGCUCUGGCUUGGAUGAUUUCACGAGAGAACAGUAGAGAACUUCCACCAUUCUGGGAACAACGAAAUGGCGUAUAUUAUAACACAAUAACAAAUUUUUCUGUAAAGCAACGACCAGAAAAUGUUCAUGGAGGAAUUUUAGCUGAUGAUAUGGGUUUGGGCAAAACUCUUACUGCUAUUGCAGUGAUUCUGACCAACUUUGCUGAUGGCCAGCCUCUUCUCAGUAACAGAAGUGAGACGAAUCAUUCAAGAAAGGAAUACAAGGACGAAACUGUUAAACUCAGAGGAAGUAAUACUAACAACGAGGUCGAUGGACUAAGUGCAGAGCCAUCCAGAUGUGGCGGAGAACCCGUUAUUUCAGAUAUUCAGGAGAUGAAUACGUUUCUCGUAUCAGAAGUGUCUAGCUUUUGCCCUAAAAGAAGAAAAAUUUCUGUUGAGUACACCGAAAGCAGUGAUUUAGAGAAAAUUGAAACUAGUGAACUGGCAAAGAAAAUGAAAGGAUCAUCUAAAGUUAAAGAAGAUACAACAUUUGCUAAUGCACUUACUUCAUCUGCCCCUGUAACAAAGAAGAAAAUGUUGAAAAGGGGAGCAUCUGUGAUGAAGGGGUUAAAGAAAUGUGACACUGGAGAGAGGUCAAGAGCAACACUGAUCAUCUGUCCACUUUCUGUGCUGAGCAAUUGGAUUGACCAGUUUGGACAACAUAUAAAAUCAGAUGUGCCCUUGAAUUUUUAUGUUUACUAUGGUCCUGACCGUAUUAGAGAUCCCGCCUUGCUUUCAAAACAGGAUAUUGUUUUGACUACUUACAAUAUUUUAACUCAUGAUUAUGGAACUAAAGAUGAUAGUCCUUUACAUAGCAUAAAAUGGCUAAGAGUAAUUCUGGAUGAAGGACAUGCCAUACGAAAUCCAAAUGCUCAACAAACAAAAGCUGUACUUGACUUAGAGGCAGAAAGAAGAUGGGUAUUGACAGGUACUCCUAUCCAAAAUUCGUUAAAUGACUUGUGGUCUCUACUGUCCUUUUUAAAACUUAAACCAUUUAUUGAUAGAGAAUGGUGGCAUAGAACAAUACAGCGUCCUGUUAAAACAGGAGAUGAGGGAGGACUUAGACGUUUACGGUCCUUAGUUAAAAGUAUUACACUUCGAAGAACAAAGACAAGCAAAAUUAAGGGGAAACCUGUUUUGGAAUUACCCGAAAGGAAAGUAUUUAUUCAGCAUGUUUCACUUUCAGAAGAAGAGAGAAAGAUUUAUCAGUCUGUUAAAAAUGAAGGCAAAGCUAUCAUUGGAAGGUAUUUUACUGAAGGUACUGUCCUUGCACACUAUGCAGAUGUCUUGGGUCUUCUGCUUAGAUUGAGGCAGAUUUGUUGUCAUACUCAUCUUCUUACAAAUAGCAUGUCUUCGAGUGGUCCCUCUGGAAAUGAUACGCCUGAAGAACUGAGAAAGAUGUUAAUAAGGAAGAUGAAGUUAAUUCUGAGCUCUGGUUCAGAUGAAGAAUGUGCAAUUUGCCUGGAUUCAUUAACAUUUCCUGUGAUAACACAUUGUGCACAUGUAUUUUGUAAACCUUGUAUUUGCCAGGUCAUUCAUAAUGAGCAGCCACAUGCUAAAUGCCCUUUAUGCAGAAAUAAUAUACAUGGAGAUAAUUUAAUAGAAUGUCCUCCAGAAGAAUCAGCAUGUGACAGUGAGAAAAAGUCCAAUAUGGAAUGGACGUCCAGUUCAAAGAUCAAUGCUCUAAUGCAUGCUUUGAUUGAAUUACGGACAAACAACCCCAACAUAAAAAGUUUGGUUGUUUCUCAGUUUACCACAUUCCUGUCUUUAAUAGAAACGCCACUUAAAGCCUCAGGAUUCAUGUUUACUCGUUUAGAUGGUUCCAUGACUCAAAAGAAAAGAAUUGAAUCAAUUCAGUGUUUUCAAAAUACAGAAGCAGGAUCUCCCACUAUAAUGCUGCUGUCCUUAAAAGCAGGUGGAGUUGGCUUGAAUCUUAGUGCAGCUUCUCGGGUGUUCUUAAUGGAUCCAGCCUGGAACCCUGCUGCAGAAGAUCAGUGCUUUGACAGAUGUCAUCGGCUUGGCCAGAAACAAGAGGUUAUCAUUACAAAAUUCAUUGUAAAGGAUUCUGUCGAAGAAAAUAUGUUGAAAAUACAAAGCACAAAAAGAGAACUUGCAGCUGGUGCUUUUGGAACUAAAAAACCAGAUGCUAAUGAAAUAAAACAAGCUAAAAUAAAUGAAAUCAGAACUUUAGUUGAUUUAUAAUUUGUAUGACUUUUGUAAGGUCGGGUUGAACAGAUGCCUAAGUUUUACACAUGACAAAUACAGAUUUAAGAAUGAGGUCUAGAACAUAUUCUUUCUAUAUAGAGCAUUUUUUUCUAUUAAUAAAGUGGUAUUACUGACAUAUUUCUUCUAUAUAUGAAUCUUAUUUUUAAUGAUAACUUUCAGUAGCAAAAUGGCCUGAAGGAGGUUGUCAUAGAAGUUCUUUUGCUCUCCAGCUUUUCCUACAUCUUUCCUGUAUUCCACAUCUUCAUACUGAAGUGUGGUCAUAGUUUUGACCAGAAGGUUAGUUUUUCUUUGAUGGAAAUAUUAGGUUAUUCACCAAAGUCUUUAAUUGGUGAUUCAGUGGGUCUACCAUCCUUGUAAAUUAUUAACAAGUAUGUAUACAGACUAUAAGAAAGAUUUUAUUGGAUGUUCAAAAGCUAUAGUUAUAUCCAUAACCAAAACUUAAAUGAAAGACCAAAGUUCAAGGGAGCAAGUUAAUUGUAAUUUUUAUAGCUUCAUUGAAAUAUAACUUAUAUAUGUGAUUUGCAGAAUGUCUUUAGAAAAAAUUAGGGACCUCAUCAAAGUUGUGUAUUCGUUUUAAUGAAGUGGUGCUACAUUCAUUAUUUAAAUGUAGUGAUAGAUCACAAACCGUAAAUAGUCUGUAGAGGUGAGAGAACCAGUUCUACCCAGUUUGUUUUGAAAACUUAAAUAAUUUGAUUUAAAUAUAUACUUCUGUAAAUUGUUUUUAUUUGUGUAGGGCUUUUGGAAAUAACUUUAUAAAUUUUCAUAAUACAGAAGACUACUAUUAUAUGUGAGAGGUGUGAUAAUUAGGAUGGAAGUUGGGCUGGAUGACCAAAAGUCAUUUCAACUCUUAAAGACAUCUCAGUCCUGAAUUUUGUAAAAAUGGCUUUGUGUGUUUUAAAUCAGAAUUUUGGAAUUUAACUAAUUGAUCCAUACAUUUUUCUUACCCCUUUUGCUAAUAAGAAAACUUACUAGUUGCCACAGAAUUAUAGAUGACUUUGAGUCAUCUUACAACAAAUAAGCAAUCAGUGUAUAUAACUAGUCAUUUUAUUUUCCUAUGGAUUCUUUAAAAUCCAGAUAAGAAAUUACUAAGAAAUUCUUCAUGGUUUAUGGUACAGAUGGAAGAAUAUCUGAGAUUUUAUUUGUGCUACAAGAGACUUAAUUGAAAGAGAUGAUAGGUACCCUUCUAAGGUGUAUUACAUAUAGCUCACCCCCCAAAUCCUCCCCAACCCUGUUAUUGCUCCAAGGGAACAGGAUUAGCCAGCAAGAAUCUUCUUGGUUCCAUUUCUCAUAGUAACAGGUGAGGUAGGCAUGAUUUUCAGGAAAACAUUUCUAUCAGAGUGUAAGUGAAUUGGCCUGCUAGGGUUAGGAGACCCAUGGGAGAUUUUCCACCUUGUAAGACCACAAAUCCAGUCUCAUCACAUAUGGAAUUAUGGUUCUGUAGUACCCACACAGUGAAAUUAAGUAUAAACUGUUUC